AAAAAAACUAACCCGGAAGUAAAAAUAAACAGAGAAUGAAUGAAACCUUUCUGACAUUUUGAUUGCCAGUUAAGUCAAAUAUUUACUGCUUAUGAACGGAAAGGCUGCAAGCUAAUGUCUUGAAAUGCAGGACAUCAAAGACGACGUGCCAACAGAUUUGCCAAUCACUGGUGUGUGUAUCGUGGCAGACCUUAGUAAGAUACCCGCUGGAUUCAAAGCGAUUGACCGUUCGUAUGACAAAUAUGAAGAUGCAGACUUGUGGAAAGACAGUUUUUUUGCUGCAAGAAAAGUUUAUCGAUAUUUUUGUGUGACUCGAGAGAUAAAGAGUGUGGACGUAAUUGCUGGUGAUGUUGUGUUGGCUGACAUAGCUUUAUUGAACGAUCGAGAAUCAGUACCUCCUGGGUUUGCCCCUAUUGACCGAACAAUAGACACUGGGGACAAAGCAACCAAAGGCAAGAGAGUGGUGAUCAAGAUGAUACAGCGUGACACAACAACCGAUGGCAUUUGUGAACUAAUCAUUCUAAGUAAAAGUAAAAGACCGCCUGGAGAUUACACUCUGGUUGGUGAACUGAAUGGUUUAGCACUUUGUUUCAAAAUGGGGCCGGUGCCCAGAAAUCCUAAUGCACAAAAUUCUGUCAAAUUACCAUAUGCCUUUCCGGGACAAGUCACGCAACCGGGCGGAACUGCCUACUGGAACGGUAAACAACAGCAGACAGGCUACCAUCAGCAGUCGAGUACCUAUAGGGAACCCAGGGUAGAGACUACACAUACAAUAAACGUUCAACAGGCUCCUAUAGAUAGCAGGCUGUCUGAACCAAGCUAUGGACAACACUCAGGGUACGGGCAACAUGCAUAUGGAAGUGGCAACGCUACAACUCUACAAAGGCAUUUUGCUACGUCACCAUUGUCAGGUGUCCCAUUUCAACUCCAUAAAAAAUUUGCAGAUUCAAGUGGUUUAUCACAGUGUUCAUUGCCAAACAUAGGAUACAAGACAAUGAUGGAAAUAGAAAGAGAUUUCGAAUACAACUUUACUGUGGAAAAAUCUGUCCGCUCCCGGUCUCCUUCGACAUGAAAUGACGCAGGAAUGUACUCUGAUACAGGACACUGUAUGCAAGACGAGGCUUACUGGACAUCAGGCCACGGGCCAUGAUGAAGACUUGAACUUCCAAGAUGCCUGUUAGAUGCUCCUGGACACUGAGAUUGGAGACAACAGGCAGGAGCUGGGGGCUGGGGGUCAGAUUAAUGUUGGCUGAGUCAGGACCCUGAUAAAGUCACAAAUAAGUUUCUCUACCUUCUCAGAGAGCAUUAGCAAUAUUCUUGCUUGGGAAUCUUUGAACUUCUUUAUUACUAAGUAAAACAAGACCUAGCUCCCUUGCUUUGCACAUUGGUGCCUUAGACCACCAACUGGCCCCACGAGCUCCCUCGCGUAGUCACACUAAGGAAUCCCUGCAUUACUUAAUGCGAUUGAUAUCAUUGAUGUGCUUUUGAAGACAGUUUUACAUUGUAGGGAGUGGGGAGAAAUAUUUAAUUCUAUCUUGUGCUUCUAAUUUCCUCCGAUUUACUGGAGAACAGAAAUUUUUUGUGGCAUUAAAUAUUAGGUAAUGCCCGACGAUGGACAUAAACGGAAGUGUAUUCGAGGCCGUAUUUUCUUAACAGACAGACAAUUUGUCCUCUAAAAGAGGUCACCCAAUGAGCACAAUGACUGCGUGCUAUUGGUCUAGCAGCUUAUAACAACUUCCAUUAAAAAACUUGUUUGAAUACAUGUAUUUAUUGUUGGUAUUGAGCAUUGUCAGCCCCACAUAAGCUAUGGCACCACCCAUGUCUCAUACGACCAACUGAGAAAGCCCCAGAGCUGCAUUGAGUGUGGUCAUGAAUUGGAUAGGUAGCCAGCGCAUAUAACACAACUGGGUUUUCACACACACCGAGGAGACACGUCUGAAAUAGACACAGGGUUUUACGAAUAGGUGAAUGAAUGUUCAGCUUAUGGGUCAAAUAAAUGUGGAUGUUUGGAAUCGGAGCUCUCGCAUUUUCACUGUGUAUAUAUAUCAAUGUUAUUGUAAUUAAGGAGUCAUGAUGUGUAAAUACUGUAGGAUUGUUUUACGUGUAAAAGCUGUUCAUAGUGUGACCCAUUCUCCAAGCACGUCAAGGAUACUGUAUUUGCCUACACAGAUUGCCUCUGCACCAUGAGGGUGCAGAUGUGUCACAGGCACAUGAUAAUAUCAGAAUUUACAGCUCAAAUAGCAAUUGAUCAGGCAUGACAAAACCAGAAGAAAACUUGCAUUUAACCCGGACAUUAUAGACUGAUACGGUACAUGAGUGCGUAGUUUUUGUAGUCUUAUAGGUGAUGUGUAUCAGUUGAUGCGAUCAAUAGCUAUGAUUCUGGUAUCUUCAAUCGCCUGUGAUCUACUCCACGAAUCAUGGAGUAGCGGAUACGAAAUGGUGGCCUGUGUUGACAGUAGCGUAACGAUGUAUAUACGUGACUUGCUUUUAGGAACAUCUUUACAUGUACCUGCUUAUAUGUAACUUAUUUUGACACAAAUGAAAGUGCUAUUUUUUCAUGCUAUACGCACUUUCCGAACUGUCCUUAGAUUUAUGAAAUCCAUUUUGAGAUGAUGAAAAGUAUGUUACAUGAGACCAAGCUGUGGUCUCUUGUGCUGUAGGUAGUCUUCUGUAUUUUAGGUGAAAGCUCCGAGCCUGUACCUGACGAAUCUGAACUGCAAAACCUCUCAAAUUUCCAAAUGUCAGGUUUAAAACAAAUGGUGCGGGACCUUUCGCCAGGUACCGGUACCACAAAAGUAGUUUUGUUUAGGCUUCUGCAUGCACUGAAAAAGUACUUUACUGCAAUUGCUAUUCAAAAAACAAUUUCGAAAUUUUGAUGAGAAAAUGCGAGCAUGUUUGUGGUGAAUUUUCAUACGUUAUUUCAGUAUGAAUCAUCAGUUCAUUUAGGGAGGUUAACUCCUAUGUUAAACCUCCAUUGUUCUUUCAUCCCUCCAGAUAGAGAAGACCAGUGAUACUGCUUGUAAAUAUAUGUAUUAUACCCAGUAUUACUUUUCUACUCAAAUUCAUGGAUAUUUUCUGUAUACAUGUAUGCAUGAUAGUCUGCUGCUUAAGGCUUCAUCAAGUUAAUAACUAUUUUAAGUUCAACAUCAGUUAGAAAUUUAGUUCUCACUGUAUCAUUAAGUGCUACUCUGCAUGGAAAGGAUUGAUAUUACCUCCCCUGUCCUGUGUAUUGAAUAAUAGCGCGUUAUAGAUUACAAUGCAUGUGGUUAUUUCUAAUGAACUGUUGAAUAAAUUUGUUAAAAGAAA